GGCGGGGAGAGGCUGAAUUCUCGGAGCCAAGUUGCCCUGGGAGUAAAAUGAGCCAGGCAGUGGGCUGGCUAGCUGCAGAGGUGGAAACCCGGGCUGGAGCAGGUGGGGUCGCGCUCCUAGUUCAGGCGCAAGGAGCGUGAGCGCCCGGAGGUGGACUCGGGAUUUCAACGUACCGUAUCCACUGCCUCUGUUGACGUCAAAUAUGGAGUUAAGGUGGCUAUUGAGGGGGCUUGAGGAAAUGGUGGUAAGCCAAAAAAAAAAAAAAAAAAAAAAAAAACGGGGGGGGGGGGCAUAGCACGUCUAGUUCUUCAAGUUUUUGUCAGAAAAGAGCGGGAAAGCGCCCCCAUCCAGCCUGUUAAGCCGAGGAAUCGGCGAGUCUCCCAGCCCCACCCCUGCAGCAGUGAUGCAAAGAGAACAAAUCACCGACGUAGAGAGGAAGGGAAAAAAAAAAAAAAAGAAAGAAAGAAGGAACCCCCUGGGGGUGGUGGGAGGAGAGAGCGGACGGAGUAAGCACGGAGCAGUCUCCAACCACUGGGACGAGAGGGAGCGCUUUCUGGGGAAACAAACUCCGCAUAAAUAAUUGAGUUUGGAGCCCAGUGCUUUCAGAGGCUCGGAGCGCACCUCCCCAGCGCCUUCCGAGCUGAAAAGGAGCCGAGCGGGGAAAGAGGUCGGUGACGGGAGCAAGAGCAGCUCGGCCGGCGGUGGGACGCUGUGCCCGCAGACGCCCGCAAGAGGGACAGCAGGGCCCAGCGAGCAGAGCCCAGCGAGCGCGGGAAGGACAGCGCGCGACGGGCAAGGAGCCCUCGCCAGCGGCGGUGGGAAGACAGCUGGCCUCCGCGGAGGCCGCGGAGGCGCUGCAUGGACAGCAUGCGUUUCUCCGGAGGCCCCAACGAGGGGCCCGCGGACAACUCCAGCCAGGGGUGGCCCCUGUUAGCCGGCGGUGUCAACGGCAGCCGGGCAGCGGAGGCGCUCGGGGACGGCGGCAGCCCCCAGGGGGACGUGCGCAACGAGGAGCUGGCCAAGCUGGAGAUCGCCGUGCUGGCUGUGACUUUCGUGGUAGCCGUGCUAGGCAACAGCAGCGUGUUGGUGGCGCUGCACCGCACCCCUCGCAAGACGUCCCGCAUGCACCUCUUCAUCCGCCACCUCAGCCUGGCCGACCUGGCCGUCGCUUUCUUCCAGGUGCUGCCGCAGAUGUGCUGGGACAUCACCUACCGUUUCCGCGGGCCCGACGGGCUGUGCCGCGUAGUGAAGCACCUGCAGGUGUUCGGCAUGUUCGUGUCGCCCUACAUGCUGGUGGUCAUGACCGCCGACCGCUACAUUGCGGUGUGCCACCCGCUGAAGACGCUGCAGCAACCGACGCGCCGCUCGCGCCUCAUGAUCGCUGCCGCCUGGGUGCUGAGCUUCGUGCUUAGCACGCCGCAGUACUUCGUCUUCUCCAUGGUCGAGGUGAACAACGUCACCAAGGCCCGGGACUGCUGGGCCACCUUCAUCGAGCCCUGGGGUCCCCGCGCCUAUGUGACCUGGAUGACGGGUGGCAUCUUCGUGGCGCCCGUGGUCAUCCUGGGUACCUGCUAUGGCUUCAUCUGCUACCACAUCUGGCGCAACGUCCGCGGAAAGACGGCUUUGCUCCCGGGAAAGGGCGCCGAGGGCGCGAGUGGCGCUUUGCAUAAAGGGCUCCUGCUCGCGCCGUGUAUCAGCAGCGUGAAGACCAUUUCCCGCGCCAAGAUUCGCACGGUGAAGAUGACUUUUGUGAUCGUGACAGUUUACAUCGUUUGCUGGGCGCCCUUCUUCAUCCUUCAGAUGUGGUCUGUCUGGGAUGAGAAGUUUGUUUGGAUCGAAUCAGAAAACCCGGCCAUCACCAUCACUGCAUUACUGGCUUCCUUGAAUAGUUGCUGUAAUCCCUGGAUAUACAUGUUUUUCAGCGGCCAUCUCCUGCAAGACUGUGUCCACAGCUUCCCAUGCUGCCAGAACAUGAAUCAAACGUUCAACAAAGAAGAUUCUGACAGUAUGAGCAGAAGACAGACUUCUUACACUAACAACCGGAGCCCCACAAACAGUAUGGGUACAUGGAAGGACUCGCCUAAAUCGUCCAAGUCCAUCAAAUUCAUUCCUGUUUCAACCUGAGCUCACAUUCACGCAGCCUGACUCUUGUAGUGGUCUUUUGGGUCUACUGGCUGAAUCCAGCUAGAAAUCAUGGGAACAAAUGAACUUCUAAGAGAUAAGCAUCAGUUUGUUGAGUGCAAGACUGUGUUUCUAGUUGCAUUUUCUCAUUGUUAUGACCAAAAGUUAUGAAUUGUUUUAUAUGGGACAUUAAAAAAUAAAAAAUUAAAAAAUGAUGAAAAAAUAUGCUACACUAAGAUUUGUAGGCCUGAUUAUCAGAAAUAUAAUAGAAGUUAUAGUUCUAAAGAAAAAACAUAACCACCCUGGCUUUACAUUCUGUUGCUGGUUUCCUUUCUUUUCUUUUCCUUUUAUUAUGGACAGAACUAAGGCUUGCUUGGUUUAGAAGUCAUACGAUGUAGGGGCAUUAUUUCAAACAAAAUGAGCUCAUCAUCGGCCUUAGUGUUUGAAAGGAAUUAGAAGAACCUUCAGAGAAAUUUUUUCCAUCCAAUAAAAAUCAGUUCAUGCAUCAGAAAA